AUGAAAUUUCAAACAAGUAUUCUUAUCCUCUUUGUCUUAAUUUCUACUUUUCAUACCAUUAGAGUUGUAGAAGCUGAUUGCAAUAAUGCCUUUGAUUGUACCAUAGUAUGCGACAUAAUUAAGGGCAAAUGUGUCUUUCCUCUUGAUGGUUCCCCCGUAACCCCUGACACCCCUUGCUCACUAUUGGAUAACCCUUGCUUAUCAUUAUUAGGAAAUUGUGAUCUAACCUCUGGGGAAUGUUUCGCAGAAGACUAA